AUGGUGGGUCUGUCCUCGUUUGGGGGCUUCUGCUCACCAUCAUGUGAGUCUCUGCCUCCCUCUUCGAGGGAGUCCCGUGUAGGAACAGCGGGCGCAGCGACAACGCGGCGUUUACGCGUCGCGCCGGUGUCCCCGCCCACACGGCGUUGCAACACAGCGGGAGGCGCCGGUGGCCCCUCAAGAGCAUUCAAGGGCUUUGUGGCGAUGCCGCCGUCGCUGCCCAUGAGCGCUGGUGCCGGGGCUAAGGGCUCGCGGUGGUGCGCAGCGCCGAGUGCGCCGGCGUCGUUGGCAUUCUGCGCACUGGAGGAGCUGCAGCAACCACCACCGGCUUGCGGCAUGUGGGGGAGUGGGAGGCGGGAGAAGGCGGACUACGGGCUACAAUUAGCGGGGGGCGAGCCCCGGGUGCGGGACUACGCUCCACGUCACGCCCAACUCUUGUCGCUGGAGCGUGAGCAGCACCGUGUUGCGACGGACCGGCUGCACCAACGGGCGAGGGGGCUCUGGCUGAAGUGGAAGCAGGAGCGAGAGGCUCACGUAUCGACCACGCUGCUCCUCUUCAAGACGCAGAUAGACUUCUGCAUCAUGCAGGAAGAGUCCGCGCGACACGCCCUUGUGGCCGCGGAGGCGGAGGAUAGUCUCAACUGCAUGCAACGUGGCAGGUGUGGGGUAGCGGAGAAGCGCAGAUACAAGGCGGUGGACGCGGCAACGCGCACGGCGGUCUUUCCUGCCGACCCCCACGCCAAGCCGCGUUUCCUGUACGCCCACGACAGCGACCUGCUGCGGGCUCUGCAGCGCUCGGAGGCGUACAUUGUGCAGCUUGAGCGGCACUUCGAGGAGCUAGGUCAAUACCGCAUAGAUCCAGCGUCCUUUGAGCCUCCCUGCACACACAACAGUACUUGUAGCGAGGCUGCGAUUGGUGGCACUGCGCGCGACGGCACCACCUCGUAUGCUCCUCUUAGUCCGUACAUUCACACCCUUACGUGA